AAAAUGCAACAAAUGCUGUUGCCUAGCAGACCAAGAGGGCGGAGCCGCUAACAAAUAUCAUAUGGUACCAGCUAAUGUUCUAGGGUACCUCUUAGCCAAUAGCGAUGGCAGAUUUUCAUUCAAAUGCAGUGCAGAGUUUUUACCUGACAACGGCUCUACACUGACAGUUUUAGGCAGAAAAUUUACAUUUUAACUAAAGUGCUAAACUAUUGACUACAUGUGUCUGCAGCACGAUUAGACACACAUUUAUAUACCGUAGUUCAUCAGAAUAAAAGUUGAUUUGGGGGCGACUUGCUCUUUAAAAGAUGCCGAGAAGAAAAUAAAACCCACAACAGUAAUAUUGGUGUAAUAUUCAACAUAUUUUUUCCUAAAUGUUUAAUAUAAAUGUCCUAUCAAAACAUACUCAUGUAAGAUGGGACAUUUGCAAAUUCUACCAAAUGGUGAUGUGAUAUUUGUUUAGAAAUAUUUUUUAAAUUUAACAGCAUUAAUUUUCCAUUAUUGGUUAUAAACUGACUAAAUUGGAAAGAAAUUUUAUAAACCUUCAGAAAAAAGAUCUCUUAAAUUUAGUUAUAUGAAUGAAACGUGAAGUUAUCAUUUGAAACUUGAGAUUGAGCAAUUUCAUAUUUUAUUUUGAAAUCCGGAUGUUACCUAGGGUUAGCUUUAGCUUUACCAAAUCCUUGAACGUUAGCUGUUUAUUUUUCCACAAAUUAAAGGUAAUUUCAAGCUUAAGUUUGCAGCGGUCUUAAAGCUAAUGCACUGUAACAUUUGUACGAUAAAUGCGAGGAAUGUGUGCAGCUAUAAGGAGACAUGUUGAGGUUUUCCGGGUCGAGGCGUUUCGGUGGAGUUGCCGCCGAAGCCGCUUCUCAGCCUUCUGAGACGAGAGGAGUUGGACCAACCGCAACAAAAACAGAUGUGAGGCUUCCCUUUUACAUAUUGGGUUUUUUUCUGAAACUCUAUUUUUAAAUGUUAUUUUUUAAGCUUUAUCUCUAUUUUUCACCUUUUAUUUUGAAGCAUCGUUGUUCAAAGCAUCAUGACCAAAUAUGGUUUUUAAAGCACUUUCCGGCUUCUUUUCAAUUGCACUAUAAAUAAUGUUUUAAAUGGAGAAUGAAAUAAGCCGUAAACACACCGGCAUGUACAGCAGCGGUUCUCACAGCUGCUAGGCAUGUGUGCGCCUUGGAGGUGGGUUUUCACGAGUCCUACCCGCACUGGGGGGUUAUUACACAACAGCCUGCAAGUGCAGGCAGGGGAGCAGCCUGCUGAGUAGUUCGAGAUGAAGUCCAGGAGAACAGGACCUCCUGGUGGGGUCUAUGGCUGGGUGGUGGUCACAUCAGCCUUCUUCGUCAUGGGACUCACUGGAGCUGUCCUCAAGAACUAUGGCCACUUCUUCCUGGACAUACAGAGUCACUUUGGAGUUCUGACCAGCACUACCUCAUGGGUAACCUCUACAACUAUUGCCAUGUUCCACAUUGGAGCUCCAGCAGCCAGUGCUCUGUCCUUGAGGUUUUCCCAGAGGGUGGUCAUCAUAGUUGGGGGCCUUCUGUGCACCACUGGGAUGGUCCUGGUCUCUCUGGACCUCAGUCUGCCUUGGCUCUACCUCACAAUGGGAGUCCUGGAAGGUGCAGGCUUUUCCUUCUCGUGGGUUCCUGCCGUGAGCAUGGUGAGCCACUACUUUACGAAGUGGCGGCCCAUCGCCUACGCUCUCGCGAGCUCAGGGGAGUGUGUGUUUGCUAUGGUUUUCAGCCCCCUCUUCAAAUGGCUGAUUGACAUUUACUCCUGGCGGGGGGCACUGCUCAUCAUCGGAGGCCUUCAGCUGAACCUGUGUGUGUGUGGCAUGCUCAUGAGACCCCUGGAGACAAACCACACGACUUCACAGAUAGACCGCCCUGGAGGCGACGCUGCUGAGACCCCAUCAAAGACAAACGCCACCUUCCAGUGCAGCCUCAUGAGAAAACCUGAAUUUCUUCUCUACAUCCUGUUUGCCAUCCUAGCAGCUGCAGGGUUUUUUGUCCCCACUCUGUUCCUGGUUCCCUUCGCCGACAGUUUGGGGAUGGAUCAGUACUGGCCGGCCUCUAUCCUCUCUGGUCUGGCAGUAGCUGACCUGGCGGGGAGGCUGUUCUGUGGGUGGCUCACCAGCAUGAGGCUUCUGAGGAACCUGCAGCUGCUCACCAUCGUCACCAGUCUGCUGGGGGUGGUUCUGCUUCUGCUACCCAUCAGCUACAACCACUGGGCCCUCAUGGGCUUCUCUUUGCUCUACGGCUUCCUGUUUGGCUGCAUGGUGGCCAUUCACGUCACCUCCAUAGUGGACAUCGUGAGUCUGGAGGGAUUUGACAGUGGACUGGGGCUCUUUAUGCUGUUCAGGAGCAUCGGAGGCUUCAUUGGUCCACCAGCUGGAGGCUGGUUGGUGGACCAGAACAAAGACUACAGCUCCGCCUUCUACCUGUCGGGCUUCUGCCUGAUUUCUUCUGCGGUGUUUGUCGUCCUGGUCGACUGCCUGAUUCAGAGGAAGAACUCUGGAGAUCAUCAGACCGUCCACCAGCAGACGGGAAACGCGUUAAGAGACGCUGCUGCAUGAGCUUUACUUGAGAUGAGUGUUUAGUUGUUUGGUUUGAUGCCGGCACCCAGAUUGAGCUCGUAGAGCAGGUCCGUGUCACCAAACACUUUUUAUAGAAGUUUGAGGAAUUCUCGUGUAAAAACAACAAAACUUCGUCAGAUUUCUACAGUUUAAAGAACAUUUACAGAGCAAACAUCCACAACUACAAAUCCUCACUUUUAUCAGUGUUGUGGGUGAUUUACCAAACGCUUCAUACAAUACUAACUUUUACAGCUGCACUGAUCUUUCCACACAUUCAUUUAUUCAUAUUUAACCGUUUUAUCUUGCGGCACCCUUUUCUCCUCCGCCGUGCGCGUCGUGGUUAUUCUGAGCUGGUCCAGUAGCAGGAACACUCGGGUCCUGAUUUAUAAAAAAUACUCCUAACUCUUUCAUUUUGCUCUCCCUGAAAGUAAGACUUCUGUGUCUAAAGGAUCUCCGUCGGCUUUCUGUUCACAAAACCAGCAGCGCUAACGACAUGCUGGUGCAGGGUUAGGGUUAACCUAACAUGACCAUCGUAAACACAUCAGACGUUAUAAAGACCGAGAGAUAGAAGAACAGGGAGAGUUCAGCGGCGUUUGUCCUGAACCCGCCUCCAGUGCGCUCCGGUAACAGGACAGGUGUGUAAUACUCUAGAUGUAAGACAGCUUUUAAUUAGUCCCUGUAUGGCUUUUCUGGCAGAAGCAUCAACUUCAGUGAGAAAUUAAACAUCAAACACUCUAGAACGUUCCCAUCAUGGCGGCCGUUAGCUCCGGUUACGUGGAAAAUCUAAAGCGUUUACAUUUUUAACACCCCCUUACUUCCGAAUGUGUUGAGAGUAACAGCGUUUAAGUGUAAUGACAUUACUUUUUAGGUAGCAGAGUAAAGUAUGGGUCUUUUCCCAGGGUUGCUACACCGUGCCCAGUAAGGGGCGUGUCACUCAUGUGGCUGAGUUCAGCACAGCCGUUUCAGGCUCUGACACCUUCGAGAGAGAGCAGGCGGCCAUGUUGUUACUAGUAGAAACUAUAAUGAUGCUUAUCCAUAAGAACUACAUCCAGACUGGGUCUGUACUCCAGAUGUCUGUAACGAUGUUGUUCUUAUAGAAAUUAACAUCUAAGAUCUCCAUGGCAACAGUCCUACUGAAUGAACUCGUCACAUACCAGUGUGUUACAGAAAGUUCCUUUGCUAUGUAACUAAUUACUUCUUUAGCGUGGUAACUGAGUUACUAAAUUACAUUUUGUCAAACGAAACCUAUUUGCUCCUUUUUAUUUUCAAACUGCAGCUUUUGUUCCUGCUGAAAGUUUUGCUCAUUCAGGCCCGACUUUACCCUUCUUAGCAGAGCCGACCACCUCAGAGCAGAUGUUCUUAAAGAGCAAGUCACCCCCACCAGAGUAUUACUCCGCUCCCACUUCCUGUUUGAAAAAUGCAACAAAUGCUGUUGCCUAGCAAACCGAGAGGGUGGAGCCGCUAACAAAUACACACACACACACACAGGCACACAACGACAUUGUGACAUCAUAUGGCACCAGCUAACAUUCUAAGCUACCUCUUAGCCAAUAGCGAUGGCAGAUUUAAAUUCAAAUGCAGAGCAGAGUUUUUACCUGACGACGGCUCAACACCGACAGUUUUAGGCAGAACAUUUAAAUUGUAACUAAAAUGCACUAAAGUGUUAAACUACUGACGACACGUGUCUGCAGCACGACUAGACACGCGUUUAUAUAGUUUAUCAGGGAAAAUAAAGUUGAUUUGGGGGUGACUUGCUCUUUAAAGAGAACGGAAACAAGAAACCGAACAGUUUAACUUUGUUCAGUCGCAGAUUCUUUUAGUUUUGGUUCUAGAAAUAAAUCCAACCAUGAAUGAGUUUCUGAGCUGAUGAGAUGACAGGAUCCAGGGUUAAUUUUUGCCCUGAACGACCAACUUCUGAACUAGUAAACCGAACGAGCCUACGGAGCAAAGUACUCAUCAGGAGUGUUAAUCAUCAUCAUCGUGAUUCCUAGGCACAAUAAACAGUCCCCGGUCUGUUUAAAGAAUAAAACAAUCAAGUAUUGACCGCAAAGUUUAAAGUAUGGGUCUUUGUUUUAUUGCCAAGAAAUCUCAUGAAAACUUCUUAAAAAAGAUUUAAUAAACAAAUCAGCCUUUAAAAGUCCAAUUAAAAACCCGAACAGAUGGACUCUCGUUUUCACAAGUGUGUGUGUGUGUGUGUGUGUGUGGGGGGGGGGGGGGGGGGGGAUUUUUUCCUAACAUUUACAUUUUUAUGUGGUUUUGGUAUUUAUUUUUUUUAGAAAUUUUUACAGUUAUAUCAUAUUUUUUCAGUUAUGUCAUGAGUUUAUGCAAAAGGCCUAAUUUCAAACCUUUGAUUUGUCAUUUUUCAUGU